CUUGUUGCCACUCGAAAUUCCUCAGUUUCAGAAAUCAGAACUAUCUUCCUCUCUCUCUCUAAAAUUCGUUGUGUUUCUCUCUCUAGUAACAAGUUUCCAUCGUCGAUUCCGCCAUGGACGCAGCAGCGCCGCCGCGGCUCGUCUACUGCGGUAUCGAUCCCGUCCGUUUCUCUUCCCCGCGCUCUAACAGAGUGUCUAUUCGUACUCGAACCAGACCGGUUCUCGCUGUAGCAACCGACCCUAAACCCACUCGUAAGACUCCGUCUCAGUCCUCUCCUUCAAACAACAACGUCAACGGCUCCUCCAAGUCCUCCUCAUCUAAAAAGUCCGUGAACGGAGUUUCUACGAGGAUGGGAGACGUUUCACAGGAAAUAAAAAGAGUGAGAGCACAAAUGGAAGAAAAUGAAGAUUUGGCUAUACUAAUGAGAGGACUUCGUGGCCAAAAUUUACGGGAUUCACAGUUUGCUGAUGACAAUAUUCAGCUUCGGUUGGUUGAGGUUGAUGAAAGCAGUGAGUUCUUACCUUUGGCAUAUGAUCCGGCCAGCAUCUCUGCGUACUGGGGGAAACGACCUCGUGCUGUUGCAACUCGUAUUAUACAGUUACUAUCUGUUGCUGGGGGUUUCCUCUCACGCUUGGCUAUGGAUGUGGUAAACAAGAAGGUCAAAGAGAAUGAAGUGGCUAGAGCUAUUGAAUUAAGGGAAAUUGUUACCUCUUUGGGCCCUGCAUAUAUAAAGCUUGGGCAAGCAUUGAGCAUUCGACCAGAUAUACUUUCUCCUGUUGCAAUGAUGGAGCUGCAAAAGCUUUGUGAUAAGGUUCCUUCAUUUCCAGAUGACAUAGCAAUGGCUCUUAUUGAAGAGGAACUUGGUCAGCCAUGGCAAGAAAUCUACUCUGAACUUUCCUCUUCGCCAAUAGCUGCUGCAUCUCUUGGACAAGUGUAUAAAGGACGCUUGAAAGAGAAUGGAGAUCUGGUUGCUGUCAAAGUGCAGAGGCCUUUUGUUCUUGAGACAGUGACUGUUGAUUUGUUCAUCAUAAGAAACUUGGGUUUGGUGCUCCGAAAGUUUCCUCAGAUCUCCAUAGAUGUGGUUGGAUUGGUUGAUGAAUGGGCUGCACGAUUCUUUGAGGAGCUAGAUUAUGUUAAUGAGGGUGAAAAUGGACAACUCUUUUCUGAAAUGAUGCGUAAGGACCUUCCACAGGUUGUUAUACCAAGGACUUAUCAGAAAUACACAUCAAGGAAGGUUCUUACUACAGAGUGGAUCGAAGGAGAGAAGCUAUCACAAAGUACAGAAAGUGAUGUUGGUGAAUUGGUCAAUGUUGGAGUGAUAUGCUACCUAAAGCAGUUGCUUGAUACCGGGUUUUUCCAUGCUGACCCACAUCCUGGGAAUUUGAUCCGUACUCCUGAUGGAAAGCUAGCCAUACUCGACUUUGGUUUAGUGACAAAAUUAACUGAUGACCAGAAGUAUGGAAUGAUUGAAGCAAUUGCUCAUCUUAUCCACCGGGACUAUCCAGAAAUAGUUAAGGAUUUUGUUAAACUUGAUUUCAUUCCUGAGGGGGUUAAUUUAGAGCCAAUCUUGCCCGUUCUGGCAAAGGUUUUUGAUCAAGCACUUGAGGGUGGGGGUGCAAAAAACAUCAACUUUCAGGACCUGGCAUCAGAUUUGGCGCAGAUAACAUUUGAUUAUCCAUUUAGGAUACCUCCUUAUUUUGCUCUUAUAAUUAGGGCAAUUGGGGUGUUGGAAGGAAUAGCUUUAGUGGGGAAUCCUGAUUUUGCUAUCGUGGAUGAGGCCUAUCCUUAUAUUGCACAGAGACUGCUCACUGAUGAAUCCCCGCGGCUAAGGAAUGCUUUGCGUUAUACAAUAUACGGGAAAUCAGGUGUUUUUGAUGCUGAAAGAUUCAUUGAUGUGAUGCAAGCCUUUGAGAAUUUCAUAACUGCAGCAAAAAGUGGAGGUGGGGAGAAUUUGAAUGGGGAUAUGGCUGAACUAGGUCUUCUACAAAGGCAAGCAGAUAUUUCCUUCCCUAGAUUUCUACCAAGUGAAUCUCAAUCAAAGCAACCUGUUCAAACAAGAGCAGCCUUAGGAUUUCUACUGUCUGAGAAGGGAAAUUUUUUCCGAGAAUUUCUUCUUGAUGAGAUUGUGAAGGGCAUUGAUGCACUUAGCAGGGAACAGUUGGUUCAAAUAAUGUCAGUGUUGGGAGUAAGAAAUGCUGCCCCAGUGUUUAGCUUGGUUCCAACAGUUGGACCCUUCAAACCAGCAGGACUUUUGCCUUCAAUAACCGAGGAAGACAGAGUUAUACUGAAUAAUGUCCAAAAAAUUCUCGAAUUCUUAACAGCGGGAAGUUCAAUAUCAACGACGUCAAGUCAGGGUGUAAAUGUUGCUCAGGUUAUCCAGGAGUUGCUUCCAGUGUUGCCAGGCAUAUCUGCCAGGGUUCUUCCCGAGUUGAUUAGCCGGUUAUCGUCUCGUGUGUUAGCACGUUUAAUCCGGGAUACAUUUUUGUAAGUAUUUUUAACGUAACUGCUCUCUUCAAUUGUGUAUAUGCUUGUAUAGCAGAUCUUGAUAUUAUAUAAAAUGGAAUAUAAUAAUUUAUAUGUCUUUGAGAUUUA